AUGUUUCGUCAAAUAUUAACUCCUGUCCCUCGCCGCUCCUUCAGUCAAACCAGCCGUGUAUGCAUUGCUGAGGGUGAUAAAAUUCCCAACGUUCAAGUUCAGCUCAAAUCUCCAGCUGAAACUGUCAAUACAGCCGAAUUUUUCAAGGGCAAAAAAUCCAUCUUAUUUGGUGUACCCGGUGCGUUUACUCCCGGUUGCAGUAAAUCACAUCUUCCCGGCUAUAUUAAAAACGCUCAACGUCUCAAAGACGAGAAAGGCAUUGAACAAAUUGCUUGUGUCGCCGUCAAUGACGCGUUCGUUAUGAAUGCUUGGGGCCAGGAUCAAAAUGUGGGCAACAAAGUUACAUUAUUAGCGGAUCCUAAAGGGGAAUUUGCCAAGGCAUUAGAGCUUGACUUCGAUGCUUCCGGUGCUUUAGGUAAUCAUCGCUGUAAGCGAUUUGCUGCCGUUAUCAAUCAAGACGGGAAGGUGGAAAAGCUGUUUGUCGAACCUGAUAAUACUGGAUUAAAUGUUAGCUUGGUGGAAAAUGUCAUUAAGCAUCUGUAA